GCGGCGCGAUGGUGUCGCUGGAAAUUUUAUCAAUACCGCGGCUGUCUAGUCGGUGACAGUCGCUCGUGAAAAGUACGCGGUCAUCUGACGGGGUUGGCAAGUCAGCGGAUAGCUCUAGUUCAGGAAACCAACAGCGACCGACGAACAACAUGGCCACCGAAGGCGGUCUAGCACCGGAUGCUGCUGCGGGUGCAGGUGCGGGUGCAGGUUCCGACGGUAUCGUCGGAGGUCCGAGAACGCCUCAGCAGAUCGCCUCGCAGAAACGGCUGCAGGCGACGCAGGCGCAGGUGGACGAGGUCGUCGACAUUAUGAAAACGAACGUUGAAAAGGUGUUGGAGCGUGAUCAAAAGUUGUCCGAGCUCGAUGAUCGAGCAGACGCGCUUCAGCAAGGAGCGUCGCAAUUUGAACAACAAGCAGGAAAACUGAAGAGGAAGUUCUGGUUACAAAAUCUGAAGAUGAUGAUCAUCAUGGGCGUCAUCGGAAUAAUCGUAUUGGCCAUCAUUGUUGCGAACUUCAUGUAGACGCGCUGGUUGGUGGAAAAAGAUUUGUGUGUGAGUGAGUCUGAAGCGAGCGCCACCGGCAGCAACGACUCGCAAAACUGAACACGUGAGUAAAAUUAAGGCAACAUCAUCAUCAACAACAACAACAACAACAACAAUAACAACAACAGUAACAGCAACAACAACAACAGCAACAGCAGCAAAAAAAAAGGAAAGCGAAAGGAAACCAACAGCGAAACAAAUGCGUGUGAAGGAAUGGCGGGAUAUUUGAACGUGUGAGACGAGUUGAGUUUGAGAGACUGACUGCGUUACGAUAAAAAAAAUUAAAAAAAAUAAAAAAAAGGGGAUAAAAAAAAUACACAUAAUCGACAAGCAACAAGCGACAGCAACAAUAUAAUAGAGAAACGACAAAGAUCGGUAUCGUAUUUGAAAGCAACCGAAAGAAACGGAGGAACAGUGUAGUGACGUGUCAUCGGUGGAAUAUCCAUCGUUGAUCGAUUUUUCGAAUGCUAUAUUCGGAAAAAAAGGUUCUUCGAUCUUCCGAAUCUGAUUAAAAAAAAAAAGGGAAAAAAAAGAGAGAGAAGGAAAAGGGAAGGAAAAAAAAAAUAGAAACGAAUCCGAAAUAUAACGAUAUAACAGAAUAGAUAGAUAGAUUCUAGGAAGGGAGAGAAGAUCGAAGAAGAGGAGGAAGAAGAAGAAGAGGACGCAACGAUUAUGAUUUCGUUCCGCCUUCUCUGUUCUCGAGAUCGAAAACGACGCUUUCGACUCGGGCACGAGAACGGACGCGGUUUUAAUUAUUUUAUGUCAAUGUUUCGCAAAUGGACGAAGGCCGGCCACGAGAUAAAGAAAGAACGAGGAAUUAACGAGGAACGAUUUAUUUAAAUUAAGAAUCUUUGUCGAUCUUUUUGUUCGUUCGUUCGUGAUCCAUCGAUGCGACCGGUUGCAAAAAACGAAAAGAAAAGAUGAAGGAAACGGGAAGAGGACGGGAAAGGGAUCGGUCCUUGAAAAAUCGAUCGAUCCUUGCCUUCCUUCGUCCAUCUUUGUGAAUCUGUAAUACAUAAUUACGCGCUAAGAAUAAAUAAGAAUAAAAAUUAAGAGAGAGAAAAAAAAAAAAUAAUGGCCAGUGUGUACAAAGAGAAGAGGGGGGGAAUUAGUGGGGAGAUAUCGGGUAUACAAACGCGAUACAGGGUGUCCGUGAAAACUAGCACGAUCCUUUUUCGACGAAGGCAGAGUAUCGUAGGGAAUUUUCAUUGUGUCUCCCUUCCCUCCGUAAAGAAGUGCCGAAUAAAUAAAUAAAUAAAUAAAUAAAUAAAUGUGUGUAUAAAUGUAUAUCGACGUUUACUUUAUAAAUAAAUAAAUAAAUAAACAUAUGUAUAGAGGUUUCGAGGAAGAGCGUACGAUUUAUAAUUGAAGAUCUUCCGCUGCAGAUCUUCCGUGUUCGUUUCAUGAACUAUAAGCUUGUUCGAGACUUACACGCGAACGUAAAAGAGCAAAGUAUUGUUUGAAAAUUUUUCUCGAAGAUAUUACAUCUUCUAACGCCUCUUCUCUUUUAUUAUUAUUUAUUAUUCUCGUUUAUUAUUGCGUCGAUGACAUGAUGAUGAUGAAACAGUAGUUGAACAAAUCAAAGGGAAAAAGGCGAGUAUUCCAAUCCUGAGAUUUCUUUUUUUUACGCUUUACGGAUUAAAAAAAUCGGAAAGAUCACGCGUGGAUCGUAUGCUCUGCUUGCAACGUAUAUAUAUGUACAUCUCGUGCUGUAAAUAAUAUCAUUUCUCCUUCAUGUUCGUUCGAUUACGACCAACCGCUGAUAAUUGAUAAACGAGUAAAAAAAAAAAUAAAUAAAAAGUAAAAAAAAAAAAAA